UAACUAGUAAUGAUUUAUGAUGGCCUUUGCAGGUGGGAGGGAGUAGGUCGGGGGUUGUGUGGUGUGUGUGUGUGUGUGGGAUGGAAUGAGAUGAAAUGCAUUGGUGUCACAUGCAGCAAGUUGCAUAAGGUGAUCAGUUAGUACUGUUUGUUUGCUUAUGUUGGGUUGUAGCUCUUACUACUUAUUAUCCAGAGCAGCUUCAUAUGUUGGAAGUUAUCCCUGUGUUAUUAUUACUCUAAUACUUACUUACUUACUUACUGUCAGUAAUACAUUCAUAACAGCUAUACCUUACCAUUGUUGCCAAUACCCCCCAGCCCUUUCCCCCCUGGUUGAACUAAGUACCGUGUACCCCCAUACGUUAAAAUUGUGCUGCCUGUAGUUCACCCAAGACCAAACAAGGCAGUGCACAUCCAUCGUGUCGCAAACUAAUCUUAGUAGAAUGUUUAAACAGAGCCCACAGGGGGUUGCGAGUGAUGUCAGAUAAUGACGCCAGCAUUAACGUAUUUAUAACCUACUAGGGAAAUUGCCAACACCCAUCGCGGAGGCUGAGUAGAUGUUUACAUUUUUGUAGCUCCCCGGUUGUCGUGUCAAAGCUUGAAUCCUUCCGUCCAGUAAACACGACGACUUCUGAGACUUUAUGUGCUCGGAUCGAUGGCAAGGCCCAGUCUAGCCACGGUAGCUGUGCUUAGUAGACAGGUUACGUAUCACUGGUAGUUGGUCCAUGGGUUGGAUGUGUCGUCGACUUCGUGUUCGUAUUCAUACUUACUUUGCCUGCUGCAUUCGGGGAUGCCAAUGACGGGAGUAUACUUCCACCCAUUAUUAAUGUGGUUGUGAGUAUCUGGUACAAGACGAGUUUCACCUUGAAUCAUG